AUGAGCAAAGCCCUCGAUCCGCUCCGGCGGCUGAUGGUGCAGUUCAACGCUCGAUUCGCCCACACCAGGGCCUUCCCGAACGCCAACCUACCCCAACCAGCCCCACCCCACCUUACCGCCCCACCGCCCCAGGCAACUGCCUCGGCCGCCGCACACCUCACUGCUCCACUCCCCAAACCUGCUCUCCCUUACUUUGGUCACUUCCAGGCUAGAGUUCCCGUGCCCGCUUACAAGGAUGGACCUGUACUCUUGGCACACCUCAACCGACAGCUCUACACCUUGGCUCGCCAAGUCUUUGUCCCCGAACCUGCCCGUGUUGCUGCAGUCAACUAUGCCUGCAAGUCGGCUGGUCGUCCCCAGAUGGCCUCGCUGCUUGCACAGUCUUCGCAGAGGAUGAUGCACCACCAACCCCUUCGAUUUGCCUCGGCUGUCCCGCACGGUUUCGCUCGCGGUGUUGGUCUCUCGUCCACCCGUGGAUUCUGCUCCUCUGUGGGUCCCGCUGUUAACGGACCCGUCAGGAUGAUGGCCCAGAUGUAUGCUAAGCCCCUUGGAUCAAUGCCCGCGCACGCUCAAAAGAUGUCUUCUGAGAAGGACAGCACCCGCCAACCUAUUGCCAAGCACCGCAGCCACAAGAAAUCUGGUGAGAUCAAGAAGCGCACCGCUUCCGCCAACCGUCUGUCGCCCAUUACCAUCAAGGCCUUCCUGAACCGCGCCGCCCAGGUCGAGCAGCAGCACCAGAUUCUCAACCUUUGCAAGACCAACGUCGCCCCCGCCAUCUCUACCGCCACCGCUAUCUCUCUCGCCAAGGUCGCUGGCAAGACUGAGUCUGAGCUUGAGGCCCUCCCCAGGUUGCAGUUCUCUGAGACCUGCCCUACCCAGGUCGAUAUGUGCUUCUUGCUCGAUGCCUCGCCUCUCUGGCACUUGGACACCAUGGUCGCCGCCCUCCAUACCGAUUCAUUGAGAGCGCCCAAGGAACUGAACCGUCGAUUCAUCGACGACCUGUUGGAAAUUACAAAUGCCCAGUACCAGCACUUUUUGGAGGUCUCUGCCAUCUUGCAAAAGUUGGUCCAAUGCCCCGAGUCUCGCGAGAUUACGCUGGAAGGAUAUGAGCUCCGCGUCCACUUUUCGGGAACGACCUUGUUUGAUAUGAUCCAGUUCUUACGACAGCUUGCCAUCGACCCCAGGAGCCCUCAUUUUGACCUGGAGGAGGUGUACCCGAACCAUGUUGAUAUGGAAGAGCAGUACUUUCCUCAGGCCUCGGUCAACCGGUACUACGAACCUACGCCGUCGGACAAUGAGACCUGGGAUGACUGCAGCAGCAUCCAGAGCUCGUUGAUGAUGUUUACGGACUCUGAGCGGUGCGAGAGUGCCGCCAGCUUUACUACACUCGAGUCGCUGCCUGAGCAGGAGAGUCCCUGGGAUGGUCUCCAGCCCGAUACAGUAGAGGAUAUUAUUCAGGACGAAGAUGACCUCCAGGAGGAACAGCAGCAAGAACAAGAACAUGAAUCGGAGCAGGAUGUUCAUGUCUACGAGAACAUCUCUACUACCCCGACUGCCUCCUCUGCCGACAUUCUGUUCCCUGGUGAAGAGUCCAUCAGCCCCUGGACCAAUGCUCCUGUGGCGUCUUCGAUCAUGAUCCAGGAAUCGACCGACAACCUCAACAAGCUGUCGAGCCGGAUCUUGAACGCCAGCACUGUGGUCAACCAAGAGUACUUUGAUGACAUCCGUGGAUUCUUGGAUAACCUGGAGUCAGUCCACCGUCACUCCGAGCGCCUCUUUGGUUCGUCCACCAUUACUGCUUAA